AUGCUCGACAAACUUCCCACCGAGAUUAUUCACCUGCAGCUACGGCCGGAAGCUACUGCGGGCUUUGCCGCGUGUGUGUGGCGACAGAGCUGGGGCGGUGCUGCGGUGGCUCUCCAGCAAUCGCGCGAGCGUGCAGGUGCCGCCGAUCGCGAUCUCGUCCAGAUCUUCGUCGCCGCCCGGCCCGGCUCCGCAGCCUGGCGUAAGAUCGUAGCCGUCCUCAUGAAGCGCGGCGUUGUGGUACGCGAGGGCCUCGGCCGGCGAGCGCUGGCUCGUGGCCCGCUCGCUAUGCCGGUCUUGGCUAUAUUGUAUGGUUUGCCGAGUGUGGCUGUCGAUCUGCUGCCUGCCGUGGAGGAUGCAGCAGAGCGGGCGACGUGCCUUGUUGCCGCGGCCCAGUCUGGUCAUCGCGAGCUGGUGGAGCUGUUGGCACGCGAAGAAAUGGGCGACAGCGUCAUGGAAGAGGCUGUCAAGUGUGCGGCUUGUGCGGGCCAUGCCGAGCUGGUGGCGUGGAUGGUCCGAUCGUUUGAGAUCCCGGCGCAGCACCUGCUGGUCCAGGCACUCAAGGAGGCGGUGGCCAACAACGAGACCAAAGUCGCCGCCGCACUGCUCGCUCAUCCUGAUUUGUCUCCGUCGAUCGAGCAAAACACGCUGGUCAUCACAGCUGCGAAGAGCGGACAUGCGAACAUGGUCAAGAUGCUACUCAGUUCUCCGGGCGCAUCGUAUCUCUCUGUCGGCCGCAUCUUCCUUGACGCGAUGGAUGCCGGCGACAUCGACAUGGUUCGUGCUCUGAUUGAUGCCGGCGCGGCGAGCUGUGUCGAUUUGGACCGCGCCGACGAGCUGCUUGUCGACGCGUGCGCUGCAGGCAGAGCAGACAUGAUCGAGCUCGUCCUUGCCAACCUCCAGUUAGAUCCCAACAUCACCUACCACAGCUGCUACUAUCCGUACGUAGUUCACUUUGAGACGUACUACGCCGCGAUCAGGCAUGGCCAUGCGGAUGUUGUCCGCCUCCUCCUCGCCCAUCCCAGUGCCGACAUCACUGCCGAUCGCACAUCGCUUAUCCAGCGCGCCGAAGCCGAGGGCCACCCAGAGAUAGCGCGGCUCCUGGCCUCGCAUCGACCCCGCCGUCCGCUCCGGAACGCUGCGUCGACAAGCAGCGGGAGAUCUCCUCAGAUCAAGCCAGCAGGAGCAAAACCAUCGCAGGAUCGGCCGCCAAAGAGCCGCAAGAAGCGCGUGCGCAAGUGGAAGAAGAAGCGCGACAAGGACACCAUCCAGUGAUGAUCACAGGCUACGACGCACCAGCACUGCCGAACCGGAACCAUCUUGCCUCAGCGUACAUCAAAGUCACGGCAUGUGCAAU